UUAAUUGAUAUGCGAGUAUGUCAUGUCACGUAGUCUGUUUUGGCUGCGUUCGAGGUUUGUUGUGUCUCGGUUCGCACUACGCAAAAGUGAGCAGUGUUUGUGUUUCUAGUUUUGCCCAUUGUUAAGCACCAAACUUGUCGUCGCAGCGCCUGGUGGAUUAACGGCUUGCAACUGAGUGUGGGCCGCUUCUGUAAGGAAUCAGGAGCGGUUACCGAGCUUUAGGCUGCGUCCUCUUGCCUCCUGCUGUCCUGUCAACGUAUUCGGGAAGGAAAUGUGCUGCUUCAACAUACACUAAGUGCUGAAGCUCGCACUGUUAUCUUGCAGCUGCUGGAACCAGCAUUUUGGAAUUAUGGGUCUUCUUCAAUACUCAAGAGUCUCAUUUGUUGUUGUAAACAGAUAAAGUGAUUACUACAAGUAGUAGGAAGCAAACAUGAGAGAUUCAUCCUCAUUGUUUAGCAAACCAAAACGAUGUAAGACUGAGACAUCUGCCAAUGCUGAUACGACUGGAAGUGAACCACAAAAGAAGACUAAAACUCUCUCACAUUUUAGACUGAAACAUAUUACGCAUUUAAAGGAGGUUGCACAAAGAUCGUGGGAAAAUGCCCCCUGCGAUAUACUCCUCCAGGUGUUUCGGCUGCUACCAGUCCAAGAUCUUGGCCAUGUGGCGGCAGUAUGUUCACACUGGUACAGAGUGGCACAGUGUCCAGAGCUGUGGCAGAGCAUUGAGUUUGUUCUCAGCAAUCCAUCACGGUCACACCUGCCACCCACGUCACCUAAGUUAAUCGAGUACAUUCUGAGGAGGCAUGCUCAACAUCUCAAAUUUGCUGUUUUUAAGACUGAUAGUUCAGUAGAAUCUGCUGAAAUGGCAUGCCAGAUUUUAUCUAGGCUGGUAAACUGUUCUUUGAAGACACUAGCAUUGAUUAGCAGUGCACGGCCUGUGUUUUUGGAUAUGGACCAAGAAUCAUUUGUCUCUGCACUGACUGUGGUAUUUGAUCGGUCUCAUUCCCUUCGGUCAUUAGCUAUAGAUAACACACCCGUCGAUGAUCCAUCCUUGAAGGCGCUCGCUUCCAGCAGUUCACGUACGCUGCAGCUACUGAGGAUGAAGAGCUGUCCUCGUGUUUCUCCAGGUGGUGUUCUCGCGCUAGCAGACCACUGCCACUGCCUGCGGGAACUCUCGCUCAGUUACUCGUUACUGAGCGACGAACUGCUGCUGGCACUCUCGUCCGAGAAGCACGUGAGCUUGGAGUAUCUGCACGUUGAUGUCUAUGCGAAUGGAGAUGGGGACAGUGAGGGACAGCCGCCACGACGCAUUUCCCCACAUUGUUGGCAAGCACUGGUUCGUCACUCACCAGCAGUGAACCUCGUGAUGUAUUUUUUCCGUGUUCCGGCCGGCUGCUUGGAGGCAUUAUUUGCAUCGUACGUACCUGCAACAAAUCUGUACUUUGGAGAUGGUGUACCUCGCCAAGCCCUUGCUGCAGUUGCGGGUCACUGCCCCCGCCUCCGUGAGCUCGUUGUCGGAGGGGGUGAGCCUCUGACAGAAUGCGAGCUGCCGCGGCUGGCAGCUGGGUGUCCCAGGCUCGUUUCGUUAGGACUGGCCGAAUGUGAAGUUUCUUGCCGUGCUUUUGUGGAGUUUGUUCGUGUCUGUGGACCACGCCUGCGUGAAUUAUAUGUCACGGAGGAGUGUUUAGUUGAAGAUGCAGACUUCGAUUUAGCGCGUACCUGUGAAGUUGUGUCUCAGCUUCUUGGACGAGAAUGGACUCCAGAAUUUAUGCCGAUGUGGUGAAGCGGGAUAACUGUAUUUUUUGGUUCACUGUUAUUACAAAUUAAAGGAGUAAAUAGCCACCCAAAAUGUAUGGAUGCAAAACUUUGUACUUUUCAUCUAUGUAAUACCCUUUUAUCUGGCUUUAUAUGACUCCACCUUCCACAUGAUCGUUUGGGAUCCACUGUGGAGCAAUCUCGAUUAUUAUUAAUGGUAACAAUAGGAAAGGAUGUGUAGGUUAUAUGUGUUGUCAUUGCUAAUCAAUCAGAAUGGUUGUACUCACAUGCGAAUUUAUAGUGAAACAUCUGUGACCUGUGUGUGACAAAAUCACAGUUGUUAUUGUCAUUUGGUUUGCAGUAUUCGCCUUUUAAUAGAUUAUUGUUUUAGAGCUUAUAUUACAUUGCUGUUUAAUUGAGUCUGGUUUUUCACACAACUUUAAACAAGCUAAAUGAAAUUUUGCCUUUGAACCAGAACUGCUGCUUAAUGUAUAGGUGCUUUACUUGAGCAAUAUAUUGCAAACCAAUAUUUUAUUUUGUAUGGUCAAUGCAACAGUUCUAAUCAGUAUGCCGUAAGAUAAGUAAAAUAGUAAUUUAUUUGUAAUUGAAUCUUAAACCUGAAAAAGAUUUACUUUACUCAUUUGACUGAAUAGGGUUAGAAUAUAUAAUAAGGUACCUGCAAUUUGUCUCCAGUAAUGUAAGACAUUUGAAUCUACUUUUUUUUAUUAUUGAUUUUUCUCUCAUGCUGUGAGUCACCAGUAGGGGGAGAAAGGGAGGAUGUCAAUAUGGAACAUUGUUCAGUUGACAGUAGUUGCACAGUUGUUCUUAGAGGAGGCAUUGCCAGGCACACAUAUUCCUGUUACACACUAUUCAUGACUUAAAGGGUACAUUUACUUACUUUUAUAAUGUGCAUACACAUUCUUGAUAAUAUAUGUCAGUAUGUUGUAAAUAUGUAGUAAAACAUGUUGUGCAGCAUGUAUUUUUUUUUAUUAAUGCUGCUUUAUUUAGUUCUGUUGUCACAGAUACUUCUGGUUCUCAUUAAGCUGUCAGGUAACUUCCAAACACCUCAUCAAUAGUGACCUAUAUUUUUUUGUAAUGUUUAACUUCCCAAUAUGGACUUCUGCUUACUUUUUGCAGCUGUUUCUAUAAAUUUCCAUAUAGCAGCUGAAAAAUAAUAUAUUACAGUGAAAUAAGUUUUCUUUCUGCAUAUUUUUCAUGAAAGUACCUACUAUUAUGUCAAAUGGAAAAACCAUAUCUUCAAACAAUUUCUUGUGGACUCUUAAAGUAGUUCAUCGAUGCUUGUACGGUGUUACUGAAUACUUGUACAUUCCAGGAGCAGAGCAACAGUUGUGCGUGUGGAAUUCUUAAAAUGUCAUGACUGCCUUGGAACUUCACAUUUUAUUACUCAUAAAAAAACAAAAGCAUGUAAAUCUGCAACUUGCAUGCGAAGUUUAUUCAUUAGAAACAAUCGUAAAGAUGUUAUGCUGGUGUUGCCUCUUUUUAAAUAUUGUAGCAUUUAACUUAUUUUGUGAUGAGAUAUUUCAAAAAUAACAGCAUUCUCCACAGUGGUGUGUAUGUACAGACUGAGCUUUACAUUGUAUUACUGAACUGCUCUGUCACUUAGCGUGUAUGAAUAUUUGUAAAUAUAUUGAUUUGUACCAACUGUGAAAGAGAUUUUUCUUUAUUAAAUUUCUUCCUGGAUUAUGUAGCAAUUACAAUUACCUAUGUUGGCUUAAC